CGUUGGAAACGAGAUUACCCUCUUGAAGCGUUUGAAGGGUCCCCUCCACCACGAAUCAGCGGUAACAGCAACAGCCCCUUAUCAGCUCCGAAGAAAUCGCGAACGCAGCAAUGAAUGAAACACGUAAAACACGGUUCCCAUUCGUCAUUUUGAUAUUGAUAAAGCAAACGAUGGCACAGGUGGCGCGUGAUAGGUGGAGUUUGCGACGGAACACAGCACUACGGUCAUAAAUUUCAUGGCAUUUAGUGCCCUACGGGAGCUUUAUCCCCCUUGCAUAUGCAUGUAACGGGACGGACGAAAGCAUGAAAUGCUCAACAAAACGCAAAAAAGGCAAUUGAAGCUGGAAGCUGCUGAUUCAUCAUUCCGAGACGCGUAUCUCCUAGCUGGCAUAUCGCUGUGUUUUUGUUUCAAUCAGACCUAUUGCGUACUUUACACCAAUAUUGGGUGUAUCGCCAAGACGAUAAUUAAAUGCAGUAGCAAACAGAUUCACUCCCCUCGAGCGUCGCCACGUGCGAUCUGGUUUUUCAAGGCGAACAGGUUUUCCAUCCGAGCGCACCGCAGUACUUAGUGCAAUUGGUGUGCGAAAGGCAGCUUAGCAAUCAGAGGAAAGCCUGCACGCGACUAACGAUGGGCAACGCGCACAGUGGAGGGAAGCAGCAGGGGUCCGGUUCGAGCAGUCCCUCGAAAGCGAAGGGAAACGCGGGCGCGGGCGAACCGGCGCAGGCGAACGGUGGCAGCGCUGUGGCCGGUGCUGCUCCCGGUGUGCGCGGCAUGACACGCACAGCGAGCGGGGCCGACAUACAGGACCGGUCGCAGGCACAGUUCCAGCCGGUGGACAAGCUGGGCCGCAUACUGGCCAAAAAGUGUGAGGAACUGCACGGCAUCCACGGCGUCACGGGGGACGUGUUUGCGCGCUACGUGUUUCCCAAGUACCCUGACCUGGGGCACAAGCUGUUCCGCUAUCUGCGGUUCAUGAGCCACGCGAAAACGGAACACCUGGGGCUGGUGGCGUUCCGGCAGCAGAGUGAGAAGUUUCUCGCCCUGCUGGACGAUUCCGUCAUACUGGAGAGCUACGUGCGCAUGUUUGGCGAUCUGAACGAGAGCGAGCUGAUAAAGCCGGAAAACUUGAAGCAUCUCCUGCGCACCUGCUACAAUCUCGCGAUGGCACACUACUCCGAUGGGCCCCAAUCGUGCCGGCUGAUUGAGGAUGAUGAGCUAUCGCUUAACCGCACGCUCGAUUCGGUCGUGCAGUCGUGCUUCUUCUCGAAGGAAUCGCUCAGCCCGGGCUACAUUUGCCGCUGGCUGGAGAACAACGUGCCCCGGCUGGUACCGCCGAUCCACAAGUACUGCGUGCACGCGCUCAGCACCUCCCACCGCACGAUCAUGGACAACAGUAUGGUGAGCAACAGUGAGACGGUCGUGUCGAUCAGUGCCAUCAACGCGGGCGAAGCGAGCUACGGGCUCGAGUUGCAGACACCCAUCCUCGAGAAAACGAACCCGUUCGGCAAGGAGCUCGGCGGUGGUGUCGGCGCUGGCGGUGGUAUCGGUGGCGCCAGCAUGCUGCCCCGCGAACCGGGCAAACCGCUGACCGCGGAAGAGCGCGAGCGGCUUAAGAAUCAGCAACCAUUGCUGCCGCUGUCCGAAGCAUGGCUGCUGGCCGGUUCGCUUCCACCGCUGUACAGCAAACCACAGUCCGUGCCGGCACCGAUCAAUCCCAACUCGGCCAACCUAACAUCGCACAUUUUCCUGGCGAAACUCUUAUCCCUGGUGCCCUCGCACUGGACGUCCCUGUACGACUCGCGGCUAGAUGGGUCGGGCACGAACCGGUUUUUGCACCACGUGCUCGGCUAUCGCGGACCGAACCUGAUACUGUUUCGCUGCGAGGACGAUUUGCUGUUCUGCGUGGCCAACCCGAACGAGUGGCGCGAAACGCACCUGUACAUCGGCGACGAAGGAAGCUGCUGUCUGCAGUUGCUGCCAAAAUUCCAAAUGCUGGAGAAGAAGCCGAAAAGCCUCUACCUGAACACGCACAUUCGCGGCUACCCGAAGGGCCUGCGGGCUGGGUCCGAUCCGCGCAAGCCGAUCCUGAUCGUGGACGAGCACUUCGAGCGGCUUGAGUACCGGGCGCUGCAGCACAAAAUCCUCUCGAUCGAGGUGUGGGGCUGCGGCAACCAGCAGCAGCGCGACGUCCAGCUCGACAUCAAGAAGUGGCAGGUGAAGGAAGCGGAACGGCAGCGAACGGUCAAGAUGACGGCGGCCGACUGGAUGGACCAUCCCGAUCGCUACCUGCUCGAGCUCGGUGGCCGUCAAAACUAUAACAACUCGUCCACGUAAUGGCCCCCCAGUUCGGAGGGAAACGACAGGAUAGUCGUUGUUGCUGCUGCACUCCAGGCGGUAAGGUGGGGAUCGCUAUAGGGGGAAAAAAUGUCAAAAUUCAAACUCUCAUGUAUCCAAAUGGGGGAACGGAUACAGAUUUCAACACUCUAGGCUGGGGUGGGGUUUGCAAGGGAAUGAAAUGUGUACUUAUGUUGUUUUAAAGUGUGCCUGUUUGCGCUAUUUAGCAUCGUGGAUAGCAUCGCGUGAACACGUGACUGUAAUGAUCAUGGUAGAGAUUAGACGACAACAACUUAUGAGAAGUAGAUAUGCAAUAAGCAUUGGUUUAGCUAAAAAAUAAUUAACUAAACAUAACACAUUUCGAAAAAAAGACAGUGAUACAUAGGACAAAGACUACACACACGCGGCACAAAGACUUCUGUUUUACAUCAUUUUAUUGCUACACGCUUAUCUCACUUUUGUUUUUUGUUUUUGUUUAAGGUGCUAAGCAAAAGAGCCAAAAGCAACAUUUCCAUGUACUGUGUGAGCUUUUGCUGUUCACAUUAUUAAUUUGUUCCCACAAUGUGUGUGUGUGUACUUACAACUUUAGCACGUACUGAGCGGUGUGCAGUGUGUUUGUUACCUUUAAAGGGCAAAGAUACAUUAUUCUAGUUUACUGGAUUUUUCUUUUCGCUAUUAUACUUUUCCUUCCUUCCUUAUGCAGUGCAGUGUACAAGUUGGAAGGAAUGUGGCUGUAGUUUUAUAUUGCAACACAAUCAAAUUCAGUGAUUCAAUGAUGUUAUUAACGUAUGCUGGAGUCGCUCGUGCUUGUGGCAGUGGCCCAAUUUUUUAAAACUUUUGCUUUUGGACACGCAAAAUGGUUAAAAUUAUUUCCCCCUCCCGUGUCUCGGACAGAACAUUUGUUUACAAAAAAUGGUUGGCAUGAAAUUAUAAACUACAACAGGCGUUGACCGUAUUUAAGUAUUUCUUACUGCUGUAAUGUUACUUAUUGCUGUAGCUGUGAAACUCUAGUGUCUUAUGCAAAUGAUGAUGAUGAUGAAGCGAAUAAAAUGCAAAAGAAAGAAA